AUGGCGGGAACCCGUUUACUCUCUCGCUCAGCGCGACGUCUACAGAAACAACGUUGUGCUUUGCCCUCUCUUCUUGCAAACACUCAAACUCCAUGGUUGAUCAGAACCACUCUUUCUCCAGUCAUUUCAAAUGGCCGCGGAUUCAGCACCACAACAUCUGCCCAACUCUCCAAAUGCUUAAAGCCCGAGGCUGCUGGAGCGACCUCAGAGAUUGACCCUCUACAAGCUUAUUUCCCUAGUCGCCUCGUCACUUCAGGCUUGGGUGCAAUCUUCGAACCGCGUUCCAUCGCUAUCAUUGGUGCUACGGAACGCGCUGGAUCAGUUGGACGUACGCUCGUCAACAAUCUGAUUAUCGGCAAUAAAGCUGGGGGAAAUCGUUACGAAAUCUACCCCGUCAAUCCGACGCGCCAAACUGUUCUUGGUCUUCCAUGCUUCUCUAACCUGGAGAAUAUUCCUGGUGAUGUCGAUAUGGUGGUCAUCGUCACUCCUGCACAGACGUGUGUUGAUGUCAUGCGCCAAGCUGCUGCUAAGGGAGUCAAGGCUGCAGUCGUCAUCUCUGCUGGAUUUAAGGAAGUAGGUCCAGAAGGAAUCGCUUUAGAGAACGAACUGAUUCGUGUCGCUCGUGAUGCGGGAAUUCGAGUGAUUGGUCCGAACUGCGUGGGUGUUAUGAAUCCGAACAUCGGUCUCAACGCGACAUUCGCCGCGACGAUGGGUCUUCCAGGAAACGUCGCAUUUAUCAGUCAGUCAGGUGCGAUGUGCACUGCAGUCCUCGAUUGGAGUUUACGAGAGAAGAUUGGAUUUAGCGCUUUCAUCAGCGUGGGAUCGAUGGCAGACGUCAAUUGGGGUGAUUUGAUUGAUUACCUUUCUGAUGAUCCCAAUACUCAAUCAAUUCUUAUUUACAUGGAGACUAUAGGUAACGCAGCUUCAUUCCUCUCUGCUGCACGUGAGGCGUCGUUGACGAAACCAAUUGUUGUCAUCAAGGCCGGAAAAUCUGAACAAGCUGCUCAGGCUGCUGCAUCCCACACUGGCUCGUUGGCCGGAAGCUACGCAUCCUUUGAAGCUGCGAUGCACCGCGUUGGCGUUCUAACGGUCGAUACUAUUCAAGAACUUUUCAACUGCGCACUUGUUCUUGGGAAGCAACCGCGACCAAGAGGACCAAGACUCAUGCUUGUCACUAAUGCUGGAGGUCCUGGCGUUCUUGCCACAGAUGCAGCUGUGGGGGCUGGGGCUCAGAUUCCAGAUAUCGAGGCGCGAACACGAGAGCGAUUGAACGCAUUCCUUCCAGCUGCGUGGAGCCAUCAUAACCCUGUGGAUAUUUUGGGCGACGCUCCAGCUGAACUUUACGCAAAAUCUCUGGAAGUUUGUCUUGAAGACAACAACGCUGAUGGCGUUCUUGUGAUUUUAUCUCCCCAAGAUGUUACUGACCCUACUGGAACUGCACGAGAGCUGAUCAAGGCAGUUGAAGCAAUUAAGCUUAAGAAUCCUCAUCCCAAACCAAUUCUGGCAGCGUGGAUGGGAGGAGAAACGGUUGCUGAAGGAUUCCGCUUAUUGAAUGAAGGCGGGAUUCCUACAUUCGCAAAUCCGGAUGAUGCGGCGGCAACAUUUGGAAAGAUUUGGAAACAAACUGAAGCUCUUGACGCUCUUUAUGGCGAACCUGAAAAUCGAGCGACAGAGGAUAUAGCACUUAUUACACCUGAAAAUCGCGCCAAAUGCAUUUCUAUUUUGAAGAAGGCUUCGAGCGAAGGAAGAUCGCUUCUAACUGAAGCGGAGUCGAAACAAGUUCUGGACUCCUACGGAAUCCCAAUCGUCAAGACGAUCAUUGCGAAGACACCAGACGAUGCGGACGCUGCUGCGAAGGAGUUGGGAGCACAACUCUACGCCGUCAAACUCAACUCGGAAACUCUGACGCAUAAAGCGGAUGUUGGUGGAGUGAAGUUGAACUUGAAGCCUGAUCAAGUCAAACAAGCCUUUGAGGAGAUUCGAGCUUCUGUUGCAUCUCUCCAUGGAGCGCAACAUUUCCAGGGUGUUACUGUUCAACCGAUGAUGCGUUUGGAUAAGGGACUUGAACUCAUUCUUGGUUCGACUGCUGACGCUCAGUUUGGACCACUUGUCAUGUUUGGAGCGGGAGGGACGAUGGUUGAAAUAUUCAAAGAUACCGCUCUCGCUAUUCCUCCGUUGAAUGACAAUUUGGCUGAAAAUUUAAUGAAGCGUACAAAAAUUUACAAAGCAUUAAAAGGCGCUCAAGGCAAGCGAUUCGAAGGAGUGAACCUCUCAAAGCUUCAAUCAGUUCUUUCCAAAUUUUCCGCCAUGGUAGUCGAUCUCGCCGAACACGUCGCUGAAUGCGACAUCAAUCCGCUUCUCGCAAUGCGUGACGAAUUUGUCGCACUUGAUGCGCGAAUCGCUUUGAAUCGCUCGGAAGCUCCCGCACUUGCCGUCCGCCCGUAUCCAUUGAAUUACGUUUCAACAGCAUCGCUGAAAAAUGGGACGCGAUUGACUGUUCGACCAAUCCAUGCUGCAGAUGAAGAUCGACUGAUCCGCUUCCAUGAAGGACUUUCACCGGAAACUGUUCGUCUUCGAUAUGUUGGAGACUGCAGUCUGUCCCGAAGGACUUCGAAAGAGCAAAUGAUAAAAACGUGUCACGCUGAUUAUGACCGUCUUUUGACUCUCGUUGCCGUCAAUGACUCCCAUGAAAUUGUCGGUCUCGCUCAAUUGGAACGCCCACCUCCCAAUCAUCUUCAUAGAGAGACGGCAGCAGUGCGAAUGAUUGUUGCAGAUGCAUUCCAAAAACUUGGGCUUGGUCGUACUUUCAUGAACCAAGUGAUUGAAAUCGCGAAGAAGGAAAACUUACAUCAACUCAAUGCAGCAGUUUCUGUUGAUAAUGCAAGUUUUAUCUCUUUGGCAAGCAAGACCGGAUGGGAAACCCCCACGCAGCCUGAUUCUCAAAAUGUUGUUGUUUGUUCACUUCAUUUAUAA